CAGAGUAGAUGCAGCAAACUAAUGCCUAUCUCCCCUACAGGCGGCAGUACCAUGUCAGCCCUGGAGAGUCUCGUUGGGUCGUUAGGCGGAUCUGCCGAUGAAAAUGAAGGAGACUUAAUUAGUGUGGGAGUAACAACCAGUGGAACAACUUGCUUCAACAACACGAUCUCAGAUGACCCCCUAACUACCCACGAUUCAGGUGCAACAGAUCUCAGUCAUCGCCUCUCAUUCCACAUGGCAGAUGUCCAGUUAUCGCUUGCAGGAACUGGGACUCUAGGCUCCUCUUCACCUUACACUCAGCCUUCGAGACAGCGAUGUCAUUGUCCCACUUGUGGACGCAUGCUCAGUCAGAGGAGGAAUCUCAAGCAGCACCUGAUCACAACUCACAAAAUGUCACCUGAUGAUGCCACAGUUAUUGUGAAAAGAUAUAAUUUUGAACUCCUUGUUGAUGAGCCCUCAAUCCAGCCUCUUCCGCAGCCACCCCUUCCCCACCUUCCCUCCCUUCCAUCCCCUCCUCUGCCUCUGCUCCCAAACAUACCACCUGUCUCCCCGCCCACAAUUUUUUUGCCACCUAAGAGUCCUCUUUCCUCUUAGCCCUUAGUCCUCUUUGGCUGAAUGCAUGUAGAAGUCUGUGGUAAUGACUUUUUCCUGUAAAAUGAAUACUUCAUUUUAUUUUUUUACUGCCAUUUGAUUAAUAUUUGUUGCAUUUUUUAGCAAGUGUUCCCUUCUUUUACCUUGAAAUUUUUUCUUUUCUUUUCUUGUUUCAUUUUCUGUUUUAAAAAUUAAUUUUAUAUCUCUUGCUGGCCAUUUUUAUGAAAUAUGCAUAUGGUCUGUUUUCUGCAAUUACAAAGUGUAUACUUCCAAAGGGCUGCACUAGUGAUAUAGGGUCCAUUGUAGUCAUGAGAGUUCAUGUCAUUAUAUAAGUAUUUACAAGAUAUUAAAGACAGUACAACUUAAAAUAAAUAAAUGUUCAUUAGUGUUAUUAUAUUCUAUUAUUAAUGGGCACCAGUAUAUAUAUAUGUAUGUAUGUAUGUGUAGGUAUGAGUGUCCAAAUGAGUGUGUGGAUGUGGGUAUUAUGCAUGUAUAUGUAUACAUACAUACAUGCAUAUAUAUGUGCACAAUUCUCAUUGUGAUAUUUCAGAAAAAAAUGUUAUAAUAGUAAAAAUUGCCAUCAUUCUUCUUAAGAAUAAUUAGGAAUUAAAGUAUUUACAGUCAUAUUGAAUUUUGUAGCAGCAGAUUUUCAUAUAACUAGAACAACUGCCUGCUUCUGUGUUCAUGUCUGCUACAGGAAGCAAGGUUGUAUUCUUGUGGUGCUGGAGAGGGAAGUGUUAAGGUGAAUGCUGAGGACAUUGAUAUCAUGAAGAACUUUCGGAUUUCAUUUAGCAGUUGUCUCAAUAUUGUUGAAUGGCUUGCAGACAUGCAACUAUCUUCACCAAAUCUGAGUAUAAUACUUUAUGCGUCAAUCAAGUUGUUCAAGUUUUUCUGGGAUUGCAAAUGAUUUUUGGUUCCAACAUAAUUGGAUAUUUUUCUACAGUCACAUAUGUAAGUUGUAAUGAAGAUAUCUUUUAUAUACUCAUAGGAGCAUUGAUGAAUAAUAAGAUUUUUACCUUACUGAUGUCAAUUAACAUUUUAAAACAAUGUGGCAUUAGUAUUUGCAUGUAACUCUGAUAUUUAUUUUUAGGUAAUUAAUAAAUGAACAAAAGAAAAAGAUCCAAAGCAAUGAAAGUACAUAUGAAAUGGGAAAUAUUUGAAAUUUUUAGUGUUGUCAUGAAGCAUCCUCAGACUAUUUCAGCAGACACAGUGAAAGUACUGUUAUGUCUGUUAAUGAUAACUGAAGUGCAAGAAAUAUGCAUUAACAGUUCAGUCUGCUUUCCUGUGGACAUUUAUUUUUACUCUUUAGAUAUGCUGCACCACUUGGAAACAUGGCUAAAAUUGGCCACAAUAAGUACAAUUAGUGGAUACCCUGGCUGACAGUGGAGGCACACUUUACUUAGAAAUAAAAAACAUACCAGAUGUGAUGUUGGUUGAUACUUAUAACCUGUGAAUUGCCAUUGUCUCCCAGAGGGCCACUGAAUUAGCAUUUAAGGUCUUACCAGUCACCAACCCCACCCAUGUAUUUUUAAGAGAAGGUUGUGAUGACUUGUCCAUGUUUGAGAAGACAUAAAUGUACAUAGUUGUUAAAGGUUCUCACAAAUGCAUUUUUGAAAUUUGAUAACAGAAUGUUGAAGUCAUUGUGGUUAUUUUUCAUUCUCUUUUUGUAAUCAGUUAUUCUGCACAUGAUUAAACUACAUUCAUGUCACAUCAUAUAUGGGUAGGAUAAAUAUAACUUUCUUUUUAUGUUGAUCAUCACAUGAAACUAGUAUUCAGUUUGUGCAUAAGGAGUAACUACAACAGUAGUGUUAAUAGCAGCAUAACAAAAGCAGACUUGAGCACUAUUAUUCUGUAGAUUGGUUCAAAAGAAAUGCUUGUGAAACAUGACAGUGCUCAUGAUCUGUAACUGGCAGUUAAUUUUGGUGCUGCGCAUAAGGCAUUAUUUGCUCCCUUUUGUGAUAUUUGUAUACGUAGCUUUGUUAGUUAGCCUGGUAUUUAAGAAAUAUUCUUUCGUAAAAUAUUAUUUCUUACUUCAUAUGAAAUGUUUAUGAGUAUUUCAUAAGCAGUCUUAAUUUGUGUUGUAUACGUUUCAUCUCUCUCUGUCUGCAUUUCUCUCAUUGCAAGGAUAUUUGCGUAUUGUGAUAGUGAGGCUUUUUACAGGGUGGUUGCUUUAUACAAUUAUUUACUUUGAUAUUUCUUUCAAUUAAUCAAUAAGAAAACCUCUCUCAGUUUCAGACCAGUUCACACGAGAUUUCUAUUUGAUGAUGUAGUACAUGCAAUUCAGUAUUUGAAGGUAUAUAUAAAUACAUAAACAAUUGGAUAAUUUGCCCUUUUACUUGUAUGAAUAAAUCAUAAAGUUUUUGCAUACCAUAUAUUUUUCUUAUUUGGUAAACAGACAAAAACAUAUUUUAAACAAAUUUAUGAUGAAAGAUAAAAUCUUGACAGGUAUUUAUAUUAUGAACUGGUCUGACAUGGUGCUAGCAGGUCAUCGACAUUAGAGAAGAAACUUUGUUGACCUGAUUGUAUACCUUUAUGGCAUUACAGUAAUUUUUUUCUCUUUUCUUCAGAUCAUUUUUGGUAUUUUGAUAUUACAUAGUUUCAUAUGCUUCAUUUUGAAGUGCAUUGUAUGAAAUUAAGAUAUACUCAUUUGGUAUACUGCAUGUAUUUUUGUCUUUUUCUUCUUUUUCUUUUUUGAAUCCAUUAUUUGUGCCCAUUGCUAUGACAGCUUUUAAUAUAAUUAUGAGAAAUCCCCUUGUACUGUGCAGUCCAAUCCAAAGUGAGACUGCUGAAACAGAGACAUUACUAGUUUUGUACUGAUUAGAACUUUUCUUGUAAAUAAAGAUAUCUCAUAAAUUGUAUAUAUGAUA